AGAUGGUGAUGAAAGCGCCUGCUCAAAAUUCAGGAAAAGUUUAUUUAAACCAGCUAAGUAUACAUAUGGAAAUACAGGCAACAUGGAGAGUGCCAAUACCAAGAGAGGAAUUGACACAUGUGAUGUAACUAACAACAAAAAGAUGAACGUAGAAGGCCAGUGGAGAAAUAAUAUGCAGAUAGCUCAAUAUUCAGAUUUUAAUCUGCUUAGUGUAAAUGAUGUUAUUUCUGCUUCUGCAAAUGGAAUUGAAAACGCAUUCUCAUUUCCUUGUGUUUCAAAGACUUCUUGUGCAGAAGGAACAACUGAAAAAGACUUGAAGGUUUUAAGGCCUGUGACUGAAAUCCCUACCCAGUUUAGAAGUAUUUUCAAGGAGUUCCCUUAUUUUAAUUAUAUUCAGUCCAAGGCUCUGAAUGAUCUCCUUUAUACAGACAGAAAUUUUGUGAUCUGUGCACCAACUGGUUCUGGGAAAACAGUAAUAUUUGAGCUUGCAAUUACCAGGUUAUUAAUCAAGGUGCCAAUGCCUUGGUUAAAUAUUAAAAUUGUUUAUAUGGCUCCAAUAAAAGCUCUCUGCAGCCAGCGUUUUGAUGACUGGAAAGAAAAAUUUGAACCCGUUGGACUCAUAUGUAAGGAACUAACAGGAGAUACAGCGAUGGAUGAUUUAUUUGAAAUACAGCAUGCCCAUAUUAUCUUGACUACACCAGAAAAGUGGGAUAGCAUGACUAGAAAGUGGCGAGAUAACUCUAUAGUUCAACUAGUGAGACUGAUUCUCAUUGAUGAGGUUCAUGUUGUAAAAGAUGAGAGCCGAGGUGCUACCCUUGAGGUUGUGGUCAGCCGAAUGAAGACUGUUCAGUCAUCUCUUUUAUGUAGUUCUGACGAUCCUGACUCAAUCCUUCCCAUGAGAUUUGUGGCUGUUUCUGCAACAAUCCCAAAUGCAGAUGAUAUUGCAGAAUGGCUUUCAGAUGGCAAGAGGCCUGCUGUAUGUCUGAAAAUAGAUGAAAGACACCGACCAGUGAAGCUUCGCAAAGUAGUGCUUGGAUUUCCCUGCAGUAGCAACCAAACGGAAUUCAAAUUUGACUUGACACUUAAUUACAAAGUAGCUAGUGUUAUUCAAACAUAUUCUGAACAAAGGCCAACUCUUGUGUUCUGUGCCACCCGGAAAGGAGUACAGCAGGCUGCUGCUGUACUGGCAAAAGAUGCUAGAUUCAUUAUGAAUGCAGAACAGCAAAAAAGAUUACAAAAGUCUGCAAGUUUAGUAAAAGACACCAGGCUGAGGGAUAUCUUGAUCUAUGGAGUAGCUUAUCAUCAUGCUGGAAUAGAGUUGUCAGAUAGAAAAAUCAUUGAAGCAGCUUUUAACAUGGGAGACAUCCCAGUUCUUUUUACUACUAGUACCCUUGCUAUGGGGGUAAAUUUACCAGCACAUCUAGUAAUUAUAAAAUCAACAAUGCAUUAUGUUGGAGGAAUGUUUCAAGAAUAUAGUGAAACUGAUAUUUUGCAAAUGAUUGGAAGAGCUGGAAGACCUCAAUUUGAUUCAACAGCCACAGCAGUCAUCAUGACAAGGCUAAGUACAAGAGAUAAGUAUGUUCAGAUGUUAAAUGGUUCUGAUACAAUCGAAAGCAGUUUGCACAUGCACCUUAUUGAACACUUAAAUGCAGAAAUAGUGCUACACACCAUCACUGAUGUGAACAUAGCUUUAGAAUGGAUACGAUCAACCUUCCUUUACGUCAGAGCUUUGAAGAAUCCAGCUCACUAUGGGUUUUCAGCUGGAUUGGACAGAACUGGAAUUGAAGAAAAAUUGCAAGAACUAUGUUUGAAGAACCUGAAUGAUUUAUCAUCAUUUGAUUUGAUCAAGAUGGAUGAUACACUCUAUUUCAAGCCAACAGAAACUGGACGACUGAUGGCUUGGUAUUAUAUUGCCUUUGACACCAUGAAAAAGUGUUUCAUGAUUAAUGGAACUGAGACUUUAUCUGAACUGGUUACUUUGAUAUCCAGCUGCAAUGAAUUUUCAGACAUCAAGUUAAGAACAAAUGAGAAAAGAAUACUGAAUACUUUGAAUAAGGACAAGAAUAAGAUAACCAUAAGAUACCCAAUGGAAGGAAAGAUAAAAACGAGAGAAAUGAAAGUGAAUUGUCUUAUUCAGGCACAGCUAGGAUGUAUUCCCAUACAAGAUUUCACCUUGACACAAGAUAUAGGCAAGAUAUUCAGGAAUGGCAUAAGAGUUACAAAAUGGUUGUCUGAAUUUCUGGCUUCCCGUCAAGACAACUUUCUUGUGUUACUAAACUCAUUGAUUUUGGCAAAAUGCUUUAAAUGUAGACUUUGGGAAAACUCAGUAUAUGUAGCAAAACAACUUGAAAAAAUAGGUUUAACACUGUCAAAUGCAAUGGUAAAUGCAGGUCUGACAUCCUUUAAAAAGAUAGAAAAUAAAAAUGCAAGGGAACUUGAACUGAUUUUGAAUAGGCAUCCUCCUUUCGGAAAUCAGAUUAAAGAAUCAGUAGUGUACCUCCCAAAAUAUGAACUUACUAUAGAACAGCUGGCAAAAUACAGUGAAGCGGUAGCUGAAAUCCUAGUGACAGUCAUAUUAACCAACUUUGAACAGCUACAGACAAAGAGAACUGCUCCAGAUUCUCACUACGUCACCUUAAUAAUAGGAGAUAAUGAUAAUCGGGUGGUUAUAAAGCAAAAGAUUACGGAUUCUGCUUUGCUGAAAGUUGGGAAGUGGAUUAAAAAGGUUGAAGUGAGAAGACCUGUUAAAUCUGAUGAGCUUAGCAUAAAUCUAAUUAGUUCAGAAUAUGUUGGACUAGAUAUUCAGCAAAAAUUUGAAGUCUUCUACUUAGGACCAAAGGGAUUUGGAAAUCAAAAGUUGAGCAAGCAUAGAAAAUUAGAAAGUGAACAUUUUCCUGAUAGCUGUCAGACUUCCUCAGCAAGAUCACCAGCAGCAAGAAUCAAUAAAGGUAAGUAG